AUGGGAAUUUUAUCGUCAGUGAAUCUUAUUUUUGCUAGAUCUGCUUUUCUGCUUUUUUUAGCAUUUAGUUGUCUGAAAGAUGUUAACAUUAUAUUGGAGAACCCUUCAGUGCUCCUACUCACUCAGGCGAUGGAUCUACCAGCAUUAGUCCUCUCCGCAUAUAGUGCACAGCUGGGCUUAUUCAGUUUAUUUUUCUUUCUAAUGGCGGUCAAUGACAUCAUUCCUUUGCUCGAAAAGAAUACCAAGUAUUUCCAGUCCAUAGUCCCAUUGAGAUCGAUGAUUUUUUUUAUUAUUACGGCGCUUUCAUAUUACUGGCAAGACAACCUAUACAUUCACAAUAAUGCCGUUUUUAUCUAUAGCUUCUGCGAGUUAUGGAUCAACUUUUUGAUCUUCAGUGCUGUUAGAGAAGAGAGGGUAGAAGAAUUCAAGACUCGCAAUGAAAUUACUCUUGAGGAGCCCGUCGAAGAGGUCGAUAUCGUGAUGACUAGCAGUCAGGAAUUGGAAGCAGCCGAAUAUGAUGAAGAUUAG